CCUUCAGUAUAAUACAAAAAUGUUUAGGAAGAAACAAAAAUAAGAAGGGUAAAUACGUCAUUACAGUCAAAACCCUAGUCUCUUCAUUUCGGUGCUCCCAUUUAUACUACUGAUUUUUCAUUUCAGUCAUCACUCUCAUUCACUUCUCGACCUCUCUCGCGAUCUGAACGGAGGCCUCUCUUCUGGUCACUUUGUAGGCUGCAAUCAUGGCCGAUGGACCAAAUCAUCCAUCAAUUGCGCAGAAGUUAGGUGGAUAUUCUUAUUUGGUGUCUAGGCUUAGCUCCAACUCUAACUACAGGAAUUACUCUACAUCCGGUACUUUCACCAAUGGAGGAGUGCAGACUUCUGGUUUGGCACUUGCAUCACCUCUGUCGUCCUUUACGGUGCCUUCUCCAGCAGAGAAAGGACCAGCUGGAUUUUUGAUCGAUUUUCUGAUGGGAGGAGUUUCUGCUGCUGUGUCGAAGACAGCUGCUGCUCCUAUUGAACGAGUUAAAUUGCUUAUCCAAAACCAGGAUGAAAUGCUCAAAAGUGGCAGGUUAUCUGAACCAUACAAGGGAAUUGGUGAUUGUUUUGCUCGAACCAUGAAGGAUGAGGGUGUAAUUGCUCUGUGGAGAGGCAAUACUGCUAAUGUUAUCAGAUACUUCCCUACUCAGGCUCUGAACUUUGCUUUUAAGGAUUACUUCAAGAGGCUUUUCAAUUUUAAAAAAGACAGAGAUGGCUACUGGAAGUGGUUUGCUGGGAAUUUAGCAUCUGGUGGAGCUGCUGGGGCUUCCUCACUCUUAUUUGUCUAUUCUUUGGAUUACGCCCGUACCCGUUUGGCAAAUGACGCAAAGGCUGCAAAGAAGGGUGGUGAGAGGCAAUUUAAUGGGAUGGUUGAUGUUUACAAGAAAACCUUACAGUCUGAUGGCAUUGCUGGCCUUUAUCGUGGAUUCAACAUCUCGUGUGUUGGAAUUAUAGUGUAUCGUGGUCUUUACUUUGGAAUGUAUGAUUCUCUGAAACCAGUUGUUUUGGUUGGUGGGAUGCAGGAUAGUUUCUUUGCUAGUUUCCUGUUGGGAUGGGGUAUCACAAUUGGUGCUGGUUUGGCCUCUUAUCCCAUUGAUACUGUGCGUAGAAGAAUGAUGAUGACUUCUGGAGAAUCUGUGAAGUAUAACAGCUCUUUGCACGCAUUCCAAACCAUCGUUGCAAAAGAGGGUACUAAGUCUCUUUUCAAAGGUGCUGGUGCAAACAUAUUGCGUGCAGUUGCAGGUGCUGGUGUGCUUGCUGGUUAUGACAAGCUGCAGCUGGUCUUGUUUGGAAAGAAAUAUGGUUCUGGCGGCGGCUAAAUAAUGACGAUAAUAAUCACCCGGAAUCCUUCUGUUUGUUCCCUUGUGAUUUGGAUAAUUUUGGAUCAACAAGUGUUAUUAAUAUUUUCCAGAAUUUAGGGUCUUUCUAUUUAGUGAUUAUAGUUUUAUGAACUUAAAUUUCAUUUGGUUGUUACAUUUCAUGACUUAACCAAGUCCGUGCAGUUUGAAACUACCUUUUGGUUCAGUGAUACUCUGAUUGCUGAUAUUUUGUUGAAA